AUGGAUGAUGGAUCUAAAGUAGGUAAAGGUUUAAAAUUAAGUACUAAUAGUUUUACUCAUGAUGAACUAUUAUUUUUAAUUAGUAUACUUAAGAAUAAAUAUAACCUUACUUGUUCUAUACAAUCUGCAGCUGCUUUAGUAUGUAUGCAUUUAAUGGCAUUACAUGUUAAUGGAUCAUCUAACCCAUUAGGUAUUACUGGUAAUGUUGAUAGAUUACCUAUGCAUCCUUACUUUAUCUUUAAAGAUUUAGUUACUGUAUUUGUUUUCUUAUUAAUAUUUAGUUUAUUUGUAUUCUAUUCACCAAAUACAUUAGGUCACCCUGAUAACUAUAUACCUGGUAACCCAUUAGUUACUCCUCCAUCUAUUGUUCCUGAGUGA